CUCAUGAUAUAGAACGUCUUUGCUCUUUACAUAAUAAUUGUUAUCUUGUUAGAUAAGACUACGUACGGGCCAAGCUAGACACACACCUGUUUGCUUCGAUUACUACGUGUGCAAGGUUUUCAAUUCGGCAAGGGAAUUGAACUGGACGUGCCCAAAGUCCAAACUGCAUUUCAGCUAAUCAACAGGUCAAGGGCUACACCUAAACACGAGAGAGGUGCGUCUACGUCCAAAGUGCACAACACCUCGAACUCGCUCGUUCAUUUGGGUUUUGUUUUCCAUUGCAGGUAGUUGGCAACCGAAGCUUCAUCAAGCAGAGAGUACAUAUCUACUUCACGAUGAACAACCUCGCUUUAGCUGGGAUCAUAACUAGUGGCAUUGUCAUCAUCCUGGUCAUGAAAUUCGUCACCAGAUGGAUCGAGGUGACACGAGAAUGGCAGAUGGAGCGCGCGCGGCUGCAGGCCUUGGAGAUGCAGGCGGCGGCGGCGGCGGCUGGCGCGCCAAUGAUCCAGCAGCCGGCGGCGAAUGGCUCGGCGGCGCCGCCUUACGCUAUUGCUGCCAGCCACGUCCUGGAGAUGGGCGCCGUGAACCGGUUCCUGGACGACAUACUGCGGGAGAAGCCCGCGCGGUUCACGCCGGAGAACCUCCGCGAGUUCACCCGCAACUACGCGGAGCGGCUCGGGUCCGGCGGAUUCGGCGUGGUGUACCGCGGCGCGUUCCCGAACGGGGUGCAGGUGGCCGUCAAGAUCCUCAACAGCACGCUGGACCGGCGCGCCGAGGAGCAGUUCAUGGCGGAGGUGGGCACCGCGGGGCGCACCUACCACAUCAACCUCGUCCGCCUCUACGGCUUCUGCUUCGACGCCACGACCAAGGCGCUGGUGUACGAGUACCUCGAGAAGGGCUCGCUGGACCGCGUGCUCUUCGACCUCGAGGGCGACGCGCUCGGCUUCGACGCGCUGUCCGGCAUCGUGGCCGGCACGGCGCGCGGGGUGCGGUACCUGCACGAGGAGUGCCAGCACCGGAUCAUCCACUACGACAUCAAGCCCGGCAACGUGCUGCUCACCGCGGACUACACCCCCAAGGUGGCCGACUUCGGCCUCGCCAGGCUCUGCAACCGCGACAGCACCCACCUCACGAUGACCGGCGCGCGGGGCACGCCCGGGUACGCGGCGCCGGAGCUGUGGCUGCCGCUGCCCGUCACGCACAGGUGCGACGUGUACAGCUUCGGCAUGCUGGUGUUCGAGAUCCUCGGGAGGCGGCGCAACCUGGAGCUGCAGCACCCCGCCGUGACCGUGAGCCAGGAGUGGUACCCCAGGUGGGUGUGGCAGAGGUUCGACCAGGGGAAGUUCGGCGACGUCAUGGCAGCGUCGGGGAUCCACGCCAAGGACGGGGAGAAGGCGGAGCGGAUGUGCAAGGUGGCGCUCUGGUGCGUGCAGUACCAGCCGGAGGCGAGGCCGUCCAUGAGCAGCGUCGUCAGGAUGCUGGAAGGAGAGGAGGAGAUUGCGCGGCCCGUCAAUCCGUUCACGUACAUGGCGAGCGUGCACAUGGUUUCCAGCUCCAGCAGCGGCGACGGCGACGGCGGUAGCGCUGCCGCCUCCAGCUAUUCGUCCAAAGAACUACGGGGAGGCACCAGGAGUGCCGCUAAUAAUCAGGGCAGAUGAACACAUGCGUUCCUUUUCUUUGUCGUAAUGCAUUGAUACCAUCAGUUGGUUGAAUAGUGCUGCUUACUUCAGCUAUGAUCCACUUGGCUUGCAAUUCAAGAUGUUUGCAACAUGGAAAUCAUAGAAUGUCAUUUAAUCAAACUUCCAUUUUGGACCAAUUACAGUACAUACAAACAAGUCUUA